AUGGGUGCUGUUGUUUCUUGUAUUGCAAGCAUCUUCCACGCCAUCGGCGCUUGUCUCAUGGGCAUCGUCAACACCAUCGGAGCCGUCUGCAAAGCAAUCAUCGAUGGCAUCGUGACUCUCUUCGAUGUGAUCAUCUCGUGCCUGACCUGCGGAUCGUGUGGAGGACGGAGAAGGAGAACGCGGAGGUCAAGGGUCUGA